AUGUACAACUCCAAGAAUAUCUCUAACAAGAACUACUCGGUGCUCGGCGGCAACUCCAUGGUGCAGGUGAACGGCAACACGGCCUGCCUCGGGUUCGUCCGGGCGGCGGCGGUGCAAGCGCCGGCGGCGGUGAUCGGUGGGUUCCAGCUGGAGAACCACCUGCUGGUGCUCUACGUGGGGAAGAAGCAGCUCGGGUUCACCACGUUCCUCAACGGGAUCGGGCUUUCCUAA